UAGCUCCCUAGACGAGCAGUCGUAUCCUCUGUUGCCUCUUACAAGGGACAGUGUUCGCCCGCCGUCUCCAACCAAUUCUUGGGACGACUUUACCACCUCUGCGGUCCAACGCUCAAACGCGCGUGUACACGCUCAGCCGAGUCCAAACAACAUGGGCUUCUUUGACAAUGUCAGACAUUGGGACAAGUUCAAAGUCCGACGGUAUGUCAUCCUUCUGGCUCUGAGUCUAGCCGGUGAUGGCUGGACUUAUGAGUCGUCGGUUAUUGCGUCCAUCAUUCAGUUGCCCCAAUGGAUCCAGCAUCUGGGAUAUGAUGUGGCGGUCGGGAUACCAGACGCUCAGAACCAAUGGAUCGGCCCUGUGUACUCUUUGGGCCAGCUCGUCGGCGGACUGAUGGCCGCAUUCGUGCUGGACAAGUUUGGACGACGACCUUGCAUGUGGGUCGGUGCGUUGUUCAUGCAGCUGUCGACGGCGCUUUUGGUCUGGAGUCCGAGCUUUGGCGUGGUGAUCGCUGCUCGAGUCAUCGAGGGGGUGUCGAUUGGAUUCCUGCUGCUGGGCUACCAGAUCUUUGCCGUGGAAAUUGCGGCGAAGGAAGACAGGGGUUUUGUGUCGUCAUUUUCGCUGAUGACUGGGAAUUUCUUUUCCUUGUUGGCGGCUGGCUUGAUCUAUGGCAUCACAUAUUCGACCGGGAACGCCGGGUGGAGAGCCUCACUCGCGGUGACCUUCAUCCCCGCGACGUUCCUCAUCUGCGUCCUGCCCUGGGUCCCAGAGUCUCCUCGAUACCUCUACGAGAAGAAAAAGUAUGACCAAUGUCGCAAAGUGGUCGGACACUUGCACGGGUGCACCUUUGAUGAUAACGAUGAGAUGGUCCUGUCAGAAGCCGCAGAGGUGGAGUUUGAGGCCAUGCGAGCGGCCAUCUCGUGGGAUCAGGAACACGGUCAGGACAAGUGGUCGGCUUUGUGGAACACGAAAGCCGCCAGGUACAGGUCGUUUGUGGCGUUCUCGAGUCAAUCGUGGUGGGCGUGGAACGGAGGAUCAGUCUUCACCUACUACUAUACCAAGGUGUACGACUCGGCGGGCAUCACCAAUCCACAUGUUCAGUUCGGUCUGGCAGGGGUUCAGAACGCUUCUUGGUGUGUCGGGGGGAUCCUCGGGGGUUAUCUGUUAGAUAUCUGGGGGAGACGAACGAACUAUCUCAUCGGCGUGGGCGAGGCGUGUAUAUGUCUCCUGAUACAGUGCGCCCUGGCCGUUGGCAUCUUUGACAAGGGAAUCGAGAAUCACGCGGCGGGCGCUGGAUUUGUCACGGUGUACCUCCUGCAAUGGUUUCUCUGGGUCAUGUUCUUCUCCCCUGUCGUCAACAUGCUUCCCGCAGAGAUAUACUCGGCUGGUCUCCGAGCACGAGGCUACGCCAUCUCAAACAUCUUUUCCAUGGCAGUAGGGUUUGCGACGCAGUACUCGGCCCUGCCGAUGUACGAACGGAUGCACGGGUGGAUCUGGCUAUUCUUCGCCGGUUGCAUGGCUUUCGCAUUCAUCGUCAUCUACUUUACGUAUCCCGAGACCAAAGGGAUGACCCUGGAGGAGGUUGAAAUCGUGUUUGGCACUGGAGCAGGACAGCGAGUCAAAGCGGCGUUGGGAAGGAGCUCGGCACAGGAUCCGACGACUCCGAUCCACUACAAGGCGGAACCGGAAGACGAUGAUUCAUUCAAAGCUGGACUCAGGGAUAGUGACCCACACACCCCCGUGAUCGAGGAACUCAGGGUCUGACUCAGUGUGAGACAGGAUGUAUGAUUGCGGCUCAAAAGCGAAUGCGUUGUCAAGCAUGGUGUGCGGAGGAUUGACGGUCGAGUACUGAACAACGAGAGGCUCGCGCUCAACAAGAUUGAUGUGGCUUUGGAGUGCUGAACUGAAGUGGACAAGUGCUGACGAUUGAGGCUGCAGAACGGGCGCCGACCAUGUGGGGUUUUCCCCUCGCC